AUGUCAGGCCAAGACUCAUCUCUCUCUUCAAUCCCCUUCUCCAUCGCAACGGUCUCCGUUGGCUACUCCAGCACCCCCCUCCACUCCAAGCUCUACGCCAUAGCCCAAGCAGGCUUCACCGGCAUCGAGCUCGCCUUCGACGACCUCGUCUCCUUCGCCAACAUCCACCUCCUCCGCGACGUCGAAGAAGAUGACUACGACGGCCUCUCCGAAGCAGCCUGCGAGGUCCACAACCUCUGCGCCGCACAGAACCUCAAGAUAGUAGUCCUCCAGGCCUUCUCCAACUUCGAAGGCUGGCCCGAGCACAGCGACGAGCGGAUGGCGGCGUUCAAGAAGGCGAGAGGUUGGAUCAAGAUCAUGAAGGGCCUUGAGACGGAUAUGCUCCAAGUCGGGAGUAAUGAUGCGCCGAUCCCGCCUCUGAGUCGGUCGCGUAUGGAUGCAGUCCGCGACCUGAAGGGAUUGUCGGAUAUGUUAGCUGAAGAGGGAUUCAAAUUAGCGUACGAGGCGCGCUCCUGGGCAACGGUGUCAUCGACAUGGAAAGACGGCUGGCAGGUUGUCAAAGCCGUCGACCGUACGAACUGCGGGUUGUGUCUCGACACCUUCCAGAUCACGGCGGCGGAGUACGCCGACCCUACAACGGCUAAUGGGCUCCAUGGUGGGGUUUCACCUGAGGAGCUGGGGAAGAAUUUCGGGGACAGCCUGUAUGAUAUGUCUACGACGGUGCCGGCGGAGAAGGUCUACCUACUUCAGAUUAGUGAUGCGUGGAGACCUAAGGCGCCGCUGAGCGCGGAGAUGAAUGAGGACACGAAGCUGAAGUCGGUAUGGAACUAUAACUACAGGCCGUUGCCGUUUGAAGGGGGGUACUUUCCCGUUAUUGAGAUAGCCAGGAAGGUGCUUGAUACCGGAGCGAGGAGCUGGUGGAGUGUGGAGGCUUAUGAUGGUGGGAGGGACGGGAAGGAGGAGAGGGAGCCGGAUUUGGAGAUGUUUACCAAGAAGGCGUUUGCUGGCUUGACGAGGUUGAGGGAGGAGUGUAUUCAUUUUGGGGAGUAA